AUGCCUACAACUCUUCUAACUCCUCCAAAUACCCCUCUCUUAUCAUAUAAUUCCACUCUUAUCCCCACUCGUAUUUCACAAUCUCGCCACCACGCACCUCAACGAUCUUCCCAUUCAUUUCGCAUCUCUUGUUCAACCGCAUCUGAUAUGGAUACUUCCUCUGGUCAAGGCAUUCUUUAUCCGUUGCACCGUUGUAAAACUCUUCACCUGGUUAGGCAUGCCCAAGGGUUUCACAAUGUUGAAGGAGACAAGGACCCUAAGGCUUACUUAUCUUAUGAUCUUUUUGAUGCAAGCCUGACCCCUGUCGGCUGGAAACAGGUUGAUAAUCUGAGAGAGCAUGUUAAGGGAAGCGGUCUUUCCGAAAGAAUUGAACUAGUUAUUGUUUCCCCCUUGUUAAGGACCAUGCAAACAGCAGUUGGAGUUUUUGGUGGUGGAGAAUACACUGAUGUGAAUGGUGCCAUUCCUCUGAUGAAUCACAAUGUGGGGAAUGGCAGUCGUUCUGCAAUUUCUAGUCAGAAUUCGCCACCAUUUACAGCAGUGGAGCUUUGCCGAGAGCAUUUGGGGGUGCAUCCUUGUGAUAAGAGAAGAGACAUCACUGAGUACAAGAAUAUGUUUCCAGCAAUUGACUUUUCACUGGUAGAGUCUGAUGACGACAUUUUGUGGAAACCUGAUAUUAGAGAGAAGAAUGAAGAAGUUGCUGCCAGGGGACUGAAAUUUUUAGAAUGGUUGUGGACACGUAAAGAAAAAGAGAUUGCUGUUGUUACUCACAGUGGUUUUCUUUUUCAUACUCUAAGUGCUUUUGGAAAUGAUUGCCAUCCAAAUGUGAAGAGUGAAAUCUGCACACACUUUGCUAAUUGUGAGCUGCGUUCAGUGGUUAUCAUCGAUAGAGGGAUGAUUGGAUCAAAUCAGUCCUCUACCAACUAUCCUGGCAAGAUUCCAGACGGCCUUGACCUUCCCAGUGAUGUUGCUGACGAGAAACAUUCUGCGAGUGAACCAACAAAGUAA